AUGGCCGACUCAAAUUACGGAGGAUAUACACGCUUCGAACUGGAGCUCGAGUUUGUCCAGUGCUUGUCCAACCCUCUCUAUCUCAAUCAUUUGGCAACACAGAAGCUACUGGAUGAUCCAGAGUUCAUUGCAUAUCUCUCCUAUCUCCAGUACUUUGCAGAACCGAAGUACAUCAAAUACUUGUCCUAUCCGGGUCCUACUAUCCGAGCACUCGAGCUCCUCCAGCAAGAGAGAUUCAGAAAGGAUAUUCUGAUCCCUGAAACCGUUGCCAGAAUGGCAGAGGAAGGCCUUCAAGCCAGCACCGAUGGUCUCCGCCGCGACUGA